GUUUGCUACGGAACUACGAAGACUCCACAUGGCUGCCAAACGACUAGCGACGAUCUGUUUGGUAGUGCUUUUCAGCGUCUGUCUGACAGCGAAUGGCGCUGGACUUAGCUCACAGCUCAUACGUCCCAGAUUCAGCGAGGAUUCGAGCCGAAUUAUCAAUGGCACCGAGGCCACCAUGGAGGCCACCCGGCACCAGGUCAGCCUACGGCGUCGCCUCAACGAUGGCUACUUCUUUGGCACUGGCCACAUUUGCGGCGGCUCCCUGAUCAAGCCCAAUGUCGUGCUCGGCGCUGCCCAUUGCUUUGUGGACCAAAUCAUCUACGACGGCACCUUCGUGCCCAAAGAGGACUUCAUUGUGGUCAUGGGCAAUUUGGAUCGUUUCGACAAGACCAACACGCUGACCUUUGACAUUGAGCGGCUGAUCUUGCAGCUGAAAAUCUUCGAUUUGUCCACAUACGACAAGGACAUUGCGCUGCUAAUCCUCAGUGGGUCCGUGCCCGCCAAUCAUCCCACGAUACGGCCCAUUGGACUGAGUGCUUUAACUGUACCAGGGGAAACUAUUUGCCAGGUAACUGGAUGGGGCUACACCGAGCAGGGCUACAACUCGGAUAUCCUUAUGACACUCGAUGUGCCCAUGAUCAGCGAGACGCAGUGCAUCAACGAAAGCGGUCUGGGUCACUUGAUACUGCCGGGCAUGAUCUGUGCCGGCUAUAUGGAAGGAGAGCGUGAUGCCUGCAGCGGUGACUCCGGCGGACCGCUCGUCUGCCAGAGCCAACUGGCGGGCAUUGUCUCCUGGGGCAUCGGCUGUGCCAAGCCCAUGUUUCCAGGUGUUUACACCGAUGUCUCCUACUACUACGACUGGAUAAUCGAGCAAAUCUCUGAGCUAGGCAGCGGUGAUGGCAGCGGAGAUGGCAGUGGCAGUGGAGAUGGCAGCGGCAGUGGAGAUGGAAGUGGAGAUGGCAGUGGCAGUGGAGAUGGAAGUGGCAGUGGAGAUGGAGGCGACGAUGGCGUUGGACUGAUUACAUUUUCUUUUGGCUUGAGCAUUGCAGUGCCUGUGCUGCUCGGCCUAAGCCACAUUUCUUAGUUAUAAGCCUAGUCCUUAAGACGAGCUCAAUAAAACAACAGUUGAGACUGCUCUAAAAACAU